AUGGGCGAUGCUCUUGGAGUGUUUAGCACCAUUUUCCAGCCAAAUCAAGUCUGCUGGACGGCAUUGAUGCUCGGGUACGUUGAAAACAGCCAGGCCGAAACAGCGCUACAUUUUUUCUUGCUAAUGCAGCUCGAGGGAUGUUCUCCAGACGUGUGGACGCUCGUUUGCGUGCUCAAAGCUUGUGGAAGCUCAGUAGCCAUGAGGCUUGGCCGGAUACUUCACGAAGAGAUCACGAGCUUGGGGUUCCAGUUCCAGGGAGCCGUGAUCUCUUCGUUGGUAGAUUUCUACAGCAGAUGUGGGAGCAUGGAUGAAGCGGAGCUGGUUUUCAACUCGGUCUCGAGGAAGGAUGCUGUGACUUGGAGCUCACUUAUCGCGGGCUACAGCCGCCAGGGAGACAACGAUCAAGUGAUCCAGCUCUUUGAGAAGAUGUGUGACGAGGGUGUCAAGCCGGACGGCAUUGAGCACUACCACUGCAUGAUCGACAUGCUCGGACGAGCAAAGCAGCUCGAGGAAGCUCUGGAGAUGGUGGAAGCUAUGCCGUUCGAAGCCACAAUGGUCACUUGGACGAGUUUGCUGGCUGCUUGCUCGAAGUGGAAGAAUGGGAGAGUGGAGAAGAUUGCUUGUGACAACAUCGUCUCUCUCCUGCGGAAGAUUUCUCCAUAG